AUGGCAUUACCAAAUUACACAAUGUCAUGCUGUAGGUUGCCUAAAGGACUUUGUUAUGAAAUAUGUGGUCAAAUGGCAAAAUUUUGGAGAGGCCAAAAUGAAGAGGAUAGGAAGAUGCAAUGGGUAAGUUGGGAGAAAAUUACACAGGUGAAGGGAAAUGGAGGUCUGGGUUUUAGGGAUCUAGAGCACUUUAAUAGUGCUUUGUUAGCAAAGCAACUAUGGAGGAUAUUGAUGCAACCAGACCUAUUAGUGAGCAGAGUGCUAGGAGCAAAGUACAAAAUAGCGCAAACAGGCUGGGAUGGAGAAGCUCCAAAGAACGCAACAUGGGUGUGGAAAAGUAUAUACAGCUCUGGACUGGUGCUAAAAAAAGGAAUGUGGAAGAGAGUGGGAGAUGGGACUACUAUCAACAUAUGGAGGGACAAAUGGAUCAUGGCAUCACCAACCUGGAGAAUAGCAACUCAGAAACCUCCAGCUUGUAACUUGCAAACUGUGGCAGACUUGUUGAUAGAGAAGGAAUGGAAUACAAAGCUGAUUGAGGAGACGUUGACAGAUUACUCAUUGCCUCCUUCAUCAUCUCAUUUCUCCUUUGUGUCUCCUGUUGGAAUUGAUAUGUAUUAA